CCAACAAAGAAAAAUAUAUUUGUAGUGGUGUUGGUGCAAUUUUUUAGAUGACGUUCUACAGCUAACAGGCUGACUACACCGCUUGCGUCGCGUGCAUAAAUGUAGAAAUCUAUAUUCAAUUAUUGCACCCACACUGCCAACGAGCGUCUGCAUUGCCAAGGGCUAAAAUAGAAGUCAGUUCUAUUUCUGACGCAGAUCGCGCUGCAAGUCCUGCCUCUCCCAUCUCCUCAUUGGUUUAUAGAAGCAGGUACCCACGUGCCAUCUCCUCAUUAACAGGCAAUCUAGCUGACAAUUGGAAACGUUUCAAGCAGAGAUUCAACAUAUACCUGUUACCCAGCAGCCAGUGGUGCAGGAGGAGAUGAUGACAAAUUGAAAGCUUCCAUUUUUCUGCAUGUUAUUGGAGAGGAUGCAUUGGACAUUUACAAUAGCUUUCAGCAAGAAGAGGCAAACUUGACAUUGACUGUGCUAAUGGAUAAAUUUGAGGAGUACUUUGUACCAAGCCAGAACGUCACGUUUGAGAGAUACAAGUUUUUCUCUCAUUUUUAUUUUUUUUAUUUCACCUUUAUUUAACCAGGUAGGCUAGUUGAGAACAAGUUCUCAUUUGCAACUGCGACCUGGCCAAGAUAAAGCAUAGCAGUGUGAACAGACAACAACACAGAGUUACACAUGGAGUAAACAAUAAACAAGUCAAUAACAUGGUAGAAAAAAGAGAAUCUAUAUACAAUGUGUGCAAAAGGCAUGAUCAGAAUGAUCAGAAACAGGGACUCAGUUUUGACCAGUAUUUGGCUGAGCUGAACACACUGAGUAAAACGUGUGAAUUCGAAAAUCUGAAAGACUCACUAGUGAAAGACAGGAUAGUCUGUGGAAUACUUGAUAAUGGACUCAAGGAGAGAUUGCUGCGUGAGCAAGAUUUAACUUUGGAUAAAGCAGUGAAUAUGUGUGGACCAACUGAAACCACCAGAGCACAAGCUAAAGAGCUGUGCAGGGAUUAGACGCCAGUGUAUUCAAUAAAAAGAGAGGAGCACAACACACAACGCCUUACAAAACAAAAACAAGCAAAAGAGAGAAAUCAAAACACUACAUGUGGAAAAUGUGGAUUUAUCCACAAGCCAAAAAAAUGCCCAGCAUAUGGCAAAUCAUGUAACAACUGUGGGAAAAAUAACAUGAAAAAGCUAGCUUGGAGUACAUUUUAGACCAUGUUUAGUUUUUAGCAUCGUUUUUUUAUUUUUUAUGACUACAGUUAAAACGUAUUGGAAACAGGUUAGGACAUGAUAGAAUUGCAAACGGAAUGUGUAAUUUUUCAGGUAGUGUAAAGUCAAAUAAGCCCAACCCUUAAGGUGAGCCUCCUGUAGAAAACUGGGACAAAAGAAACUGGACUGACAUUGAGCAUUUGUGGGCCACAAAGAGACAAAGAAAACCAGACAUUUCAACCUGAAGUAAGUAAACUAGUUUUAAUAUCUUGUUGACAAGAAGAAGGUAAGGAAGUGCUGCUAUGAUACAGUAGACAUUUGUAAAUAGAAGGUGAUCUUUGGUUCAUUGGUCGUCUAAAAAAACAUACUUCAUAUAAUUAAAAUGCUUUUGUUGUUACAGCAUGUUAAAUGGAACAAACAUUUAAAAACUGCUUGCAUGGAUUUUUUUCUCCAUUGAACAUUCCAUACCAAUGAAGGCAUUUUAAUUUUAUUAAAAGUACCUUGGUCCUCCUUUUGUAUUUCUUAACUGUCAAAUACUCCUAUACUCCAAAUACGUGUUAUCUAAUAUACGGGGUAUCGUCGGACGGGGCCACAGUGUCUCCCGACCCCUCCUGUCUCAGCCUCCAGUAUUUAUGCUGCAAUAGUUUAUGUUGGGGGUCUAGGGUCAGUCUGUUUUAUUCAUUAGAAAUCUGGAGUAUUUCUCCUGUCUUAUCCGGUGUCCUGUGUGAAUUUAAGUAUGCUCUCUCUAAUUCUCUCUCUUUUUCUUUCUCUCUUUCUUUCUCUCGGAGGACCUGAGCCCUAGGACCAUGCCUCAGGACUACCUGGCCUGAUGACUCCUUGCUGUCCCCAAUCCACCUGGUCGUGCUGUUACUUCAGUUUCAACUGUUCUGCCUGUGGCUAUGGAACCCUGACCUGUUCACCGGACGUGCUACCUGUCCCAGACCUGCUGUUAUCAACUGUCCAGAGACAGCAGGAACGGUAGAGUAGACAACCAGUGAAGAGACAGAUGACUUCGUGCUGAGGUGUGACCUUUCCUGAGAGCAAAAUGGAGUCGUCUGAACACAGUGCUCAGUUCGUGGACAAGUACAGGUCCGAUCUCAUUCAGAGGGUCACCAUGGUGAUGCCUAUAGCUGAAGACCUACUCUCUCAGAACAUGAUCCAUGAAGAGGUGUACUCCAACAUCAGUGCUGCCAGGACUAAUCAGGACAAAAUGAGGGAGCUCUUUACAGCCCUCCACUCUGGAGGAAACAAAGUGAAAUCUACCUUUCUCUCCAUGCUGAGGGAGCAUGAACCUAAUCUGGUCCAGGACUUGGAAUUCCACAUCAAACAAGGAGAUCAACGAGAGAACAAUAGCACAAUACGCCUAAACUACAAGGAAUUCAUCAGAGGUGAAUAUGCCACAGUGCAGGAGUACAACUCUCUCCCUGGAGAACAUGUGAAGCUAGAUGACCGUUACACUGAGCCCCUGAUCAUCCAGAAACACCGUCAGCAGAGAGAGAGAGAGGAGGAGAUCCGCUCCAGAGGACAGAACUUUUAUCAAGUCAUGGACCAGAGGGACAGCGAGACCUACAAGAGUACCAAAGUGGAGAGGCUGUUUGAUCCAGACGAGCAUGGAGACAUUCAGAGAACAGUGAUACUGCAGGGCCACUCUGGAACUGGCAAGUCAUUUACCACACAGAAGAUCAUGUCUGACUGGGCGUUUGGAAGACUUUACGAAGACCGAUUUGACUUUGUUUUUCACCUGAGGUGCAGAGAACUGAACAAGGCCACUGGAAAUAAAAGUGUGAUAGAUCUGCUGAACUACAAUCAAAGUUCAUCAUCAAUGAUCAAGCACGUCCUCUGCCAGUCUCCUGAGAGGGUUCUCUUCCUGGUAGACGGCUUUGAUGAGCUCAAAUUCUCACUUGAUGUACCUAAAGACUCCCUUCCCAGGGACCUGUGGACACAAUGCUCCCCUGAAGUGACACUGAGUGGUCUGAUACGGAGACAGAUCUUGCCCGAGUCCUUCAUGCUUGUUACCACCAGGUCCACAGCGUUGGAAAAACUAAAAGUGGUCAAACAUCCAGUGAGAUACGCUGAGAUAUUGGGCUUUUCUGAGGAAGGCGUGAAGGUCUACUUUGAGAAGUUCUUCAAACAGAAGCAACACUCACAUCAAGCCUAUGACUCUGUGAGGAAAAAUGAAACCCUUUUCACCGCAUGUUUCAUUCCAGUCAUCUGCUGGAUCAUUUGCACAGUUUAUAGGGAGCAGUUUGAUGAAGGCACAGAGAUGAUACAAUCACUGGAGACCACCACCUCCAUCUUUGUUGAAUUUGUUGACACUCUGUUGAAGCACCACUGUCAGGAUUUGGGUCAGUCAGCUCUUACCAUCCUCCAAGGACUAGGCAAGCUGGCAGAAAAGGGAAUGGAAGAGCAGCAAGUGUUAUUUGACCAUGAUAGUGUGUCACAGACCGUGUCAGAUCCUUCCAAAGUCCCAUUCUUGUGUAAGGUUCUCCAGAAGAAGAGAGUAAGUCAGACCACUAUGUACAGCUUCAUGCACCUCAGCUUCCAGGAGUUUUUCACAGCCCUCUCAUACGUGUUACUGGGUGAUGAGGAAGCUCAGGGGAAAGUUAGAGAGCUACUUUCUAAGGUUCGACGUGGACCGUACCCCUUUCACCCCCUACCCUUUCACCUCCUACCCUUUCACCUCCUACCCAUUGUUCAAUUUCUCUUUGGCAUCUUAAACAAGGACGUUGUAAAACGACUGGAGGAAAAACACAUCUCUUGUUCUCAAGGAAUCUGGACCCAGCUCAAACAUUUUAUUCUGGAAGUCAUUGAAAAAGGAAAGGAGGAUCAAAUCGUUAGACGUACAAUGCAGCUUUUCACAUUUCAUUGUCUAUAUGAGCUGCAUGCAGAUGAUUUUGUUAAAGAAGCCAUGGACACAUACACAGACAUUAAUAUGUCAGGAAGUCCCCUGAAGAAAACAGACUGUUGGGUGUUGAUGUAUUGUCUUCAGCAUUGCAAGUCCAUCGAAUGUCUUGAACUGAGUGGGUGCAAUUUAACUGCAGAGAGCAUGAAAAUCCUUCUGCCAGCAUUGCAGAAAUGUAAAGCUCUUGUGUUGGAGGUGGACGACCUAGCCGAUGAUGAUUUAGAUGAUCUGUUGACAGCGCUGGGAGAAGGAAAGAGUUUGGAGCUGGAUCUGAGUGAGAACAACUUCUCUGAUGAGAAAGUACAGGACUUGCUUGUUGCUCUCACUAAACACAAACCCAGAAACGUUGAAAUUGGAGUGAAGUCCAUCACCAGCAAUACAGCUGACAAAUUCAUGUUCCUCAUCAGUAAGGCACAUGCAGACUUGGAUCUGAUAAAGCUUCAUAGUUGUGGGAAUGUUUUUUUGAGUGGCCAGCUACAGAAAGAUGGAGUACGAGCCCCCCAAAUUGUUCUUUGGAUAAAAGUGCCAGAGAUGAAAAUGAUCUGUGACUCCAUCAGAACAUCUGGCUACCGUUUGACUGGAGUGCAGUUGAGAGUGAGUCGUUGGGCUGACAAGUACGCAUUACCCUACCCUACAGACAAUUGGAGGGUAACGCCAGAGUGGGAUGAGCAUGCUGACGAACUGAUCUCGCUGCUACACUCUCAAACCUCUCUGGAGGGAAUAGAUCUGUUGGUGAGCAGCUUGACAGAGAGGUGUGCUGCCAGUAUAGUCAGUCUGAGCCAGGCCUGUUUCAACCUGAAGGACAUAAUCCUUCAAGUAAACGGUUUCUUAUUGGAGGAAGGAAUACAAUGCUUACGUGAAUCGAAGAGGCGCCCAGAUUGCCAGUUACUUCUCUUGGGGAGGAGAUGCACGAAGCUUGCUGACCAGUGCUCUGAGGAGAAGGACAUGAGGCUCAGUUGUAAUGACAACGUUUUACUCGCUCUACAUGGAGAAUCAUUCAUAGAGAUUGUGUUAAGGCAUGGGAACGAAAGCGGUAUUGAUGACACAUGGAAUGGGAACGAAAGCGAUAGUGAUGGCACGGGGAAUGGGAACGAAAGCGAUAGUGAUGGCACGGGGAAUGGGAACGAAAGCGAUAGUGAUGGCACGGGGAAUGAAAACGAUAGUGAUGCCACGGGGAAUGGGAAAGAAAGCAAUAGACCUAGAGAUGAUAUAAAGUGUAAAGGGUGUUGUGUUGUUGGAUAGUGACCAUGAUGAAGACAACAGAGAUGGUAUAAGAAUUAUAACAAGAGGACAAAGACAACAGAGAUUGUGAGAAAUACAGCAUACAAGAGACGGAGGACAAAGACAAGUGUGAAGAUACAUACCUUUGAUCCUAAUACCACUUAGAUUUGUACUGAUACUAACUAUACAUACUGGAAAUGUUUUUGGGGUGGUAAUUUCAAAAUGUAACUUUUGACUUUAGAAAGACUACAAGAUUAAGCCAAAUGAACUGAACGUAUCUUACCUGUAUUGUAGUCUUUAUGGGAAUGGUUCUCACUAUUAACAAUGUAAUAUGCUGUAUUGUUAAAUAUUAUAUGUACAUUUCUGUGUAUCUCUAUAUAUGCACCACUAUACAUGCCAAUGUGAACUUUACCACUGCAGUACUUCCUUCACUGUAUAAUAUUUUACCCCCAUUCAUUUAUUACCACCAUACUUAUGUAUAUUCUUGAUAUUAUUAUUUUUUAAUUAAAUACUUUAUUACAUGUAAUUGUUCAUACUAUAUAUGUUGUGUUUAUACUGUUUGUGUAAAUGAUUAUUUCUACAUUCUGUCUGUUUAUUGAAAGGCAUUGUCAGCACCAUUUCACCAGGUCAAAUCCCCGGUACAUGUAAAUGUACUUGGUGAGUAAAGGUGGUUGUGAUUCUGAGAGUUUAAGUGCAGGAGACAAGCAGCAUUUCUCUGAACCUCUCGUAUUCCCUGGGUUUCUGCUUGUGUUCCUCUGUGGCUCAGUUGGUAGAGCUUGGAGCUUGCAGUGCCAGGACAGUGGGUUUGAUUCCCAUGACCACCUGAAAGUUAAAUGUAUGCGUGACUAAAAAUUGCUUUGGAUAAAAGUGUCUGCCACUUUUCAAGGUGGUUCAGUGUGUCCACUAGUCCGGGGCCAAACUUGGAAGAAUAUUCUCAGAUUUUGAUCCUACUUGUGUUCGAUGUAAAACGGAAUCAGCAACACUGUUUCAUAUGUUUUGGGACUGUCAUAAACUGUCAGGUUGGAAUUAACAUUUAAAUGUUUCUCUGAUAUGGCACUGUCAUAGAUCCGUCUCCCCUUACAGCCCUUUUUGGAGUACUACCCAUAGGCAACCAUCUUUAUACCACCCUUUUAGCUAGAUGGCUAGUACUCCAGAACUGGAAGAUGGUGGUUCCCCCAUCUUAUAAAUAAGACAUUACAUUGAGUACACGUGGGAACUCCAUACUGUUUUAUGAAACUUAGGCUCCAUACCGGUCUUACUAUAAACAGUCCACCUUCUGAUGGCAUUCUUAUUAAAACGAAAUAAAUAUCUAUUUGACUUCCCUCUUGUCAUGGUUCCACCUGUCACCAGAGGGCGCCAGAGACCGUCCUGGAGACAUUAAUGACAUUCAGGUGUGUCCUAUUACUCAUUAUGAAUUCUGAAUUGUUUACCGUGUACGUUUGUUUCCUGAGAGAGUUUUUGUGAUCCUUCGGCUACCGUAUCUCAGUAAAGUAUUAAGUAUUAUGUUCAUCCAUAACCACUGAUUCCUCAUCUCAUCUUCUCUGCACCUGGGUCCAACCUCACCACAUUACACCUCUGACUUACUAGUUUAUUUUUUUGGUGGGGUUAGGCCUUGAGAUUGGUGAUGUGUGUCCAUCAAUGCUUAAAGAAUGUAACUUAUGCCUCUUGCCCCGUCAGACCCUAAAAAGUAUGCUUAAUGCUUUUUUUUUUAAACACCAUUGUAAACUUAAAUUCUGGUCCAGUUGAUGGUCAGUCUUUGUGGUCAUGACUGUCUGUGAAUGUGAGUGGCUGCAUUUCUCCAUCCCCACCCCUCGGCUGAUUACAGGAACAGUGGCAGGGUGUUCGCUAUGUUCUUGUUUGAACUACAGCUUUAACCUUCGUGCCCUUCUGCCCUGUGUGUAUUUAACUUGUCUAAAGUAAGGUAUCUUUAUACUUAAAAAAAAAAAUUGAGUAUAUUAUUAAUAUUGUUUACACUGUGUUGUCUAAUUGUGUGUAAAACUGAAUAAACAGAGUAAAAAAAAGUUGCAGAUGUAUUGAAUGAACGAAUAAUUAACCAAUAAACUCUU